AUGUGUCCAGCACCAGAAGCGUAUUCCGAACCAUCGUUUGAUAAAAACGUUGUGGUUUUCCGUGUCCAAUUCAUAGUGGCGGAAGCUGAGAGGUGGCCAAAUCUUGACAUGGCAGAGGAUGCUGGUAGCCUUCCAAGAUGGGACCACUUGAUCACCACUGCUUCUGUUUGUAGACGCUGCAGGGAUGAUGAUGAUGAUGAUAAUGAGGAUGAUGAUGAUGAUGAUGAGGAAGAUGGUGAUGAUUUUGAGGAUGAUGAUGAUGAUGAUUAUGAUUAUGAUGAUGAUGUUGAGGAUGAUGAUGGUGAUGAUGAUGGUGAUGAUGAUGAUGACAUACUAACCCUCACGGUCUACACAUCUAAACGUCCGCUCACCCAGCUGCGACUACUGAACAAACGCAGGCCUUCACUGAGCUCCUCUAAUGACGCGUAG